AUGACCCUUGGAAGAAUGACUUCAUACAAUGGCUCUUCAGUGACUGAGUUUGUCCUGCUGGGUUUAACACAACAGCCAGAGCUCCAGCUGCCUCUCUUCCUCCUCUUCUUGGGAAUCUAUAUGGUCUCCAUGCUGGGGAACUUAGGCUUGAUUUUUCUUAUAGGUUUGAACCCUCACCUGCAUACUCCCAUGUACUACUUUCUCUUCCACCUCUCCUUCGUUGAUCUCUGCUACUCCUCUGUCAUAAUCCCCAAAAUGCUGAUGGGUUUUGUAAAACAGAACAUCAUCCCUUAUGGUGAGUGCAUGGCUCAACUGUUUUUCUUCUGCUUCUUUAUUAUUGAUGAGUGCUACAUUUUGACAUCCAUGGCCUAUGACAGAUAUGUGGCCAUCUGCAAGCCCCUCCUUUACAAAGUAAUCAUGUCCCAACAAGUCUGCUUCAUAAUGACUGUGGGUGUGUAUGCAAUGGGCUAUUUUGGUGCCAUGAUCCACACAGGAUGCAUGCUGAGACUCACGUUCUGUGACAGCAAUGUCAUCAAUCAUUACAUGUGUGACAUCCCUCCUCUCCUGCAGCUGUCUUGCACAAGUACUUCCAUCAAUGAGAUGGUGGUUUUCAUUGUGGUGGGCAUCAACAUAAUAGUGCCUAGUCUCACAAUCUUCAUUUCUUAUACCUUGAUCUUGUUGAAUAUCUCCUCCAUCCAUUCCACAGGGGGCAGGUCCAAGGCCUUCAGUACCUGCAGCUCUCACAUAAUUGCUGUCUCUCUCUUUUUUGGGGCUUUAUCAUUUAUGUAUCUUAAGCCUUCUACUGGAUCUGUUGGUCAAGAUAAAGUAUCCACAGUUUUCUAUACCAUUGUGGGACCAAUGAUGAACCCUUUUAUCUACAGUCUGAAAAACAAAGACGUUCACAUUGCAUUGAGAAAGACUUUGAAGAAAAGGGCACUCUCUUAA